AUGGAUCAAAAUGGAGACCCAAUUUAUUCAUAUUUAUCCGAGCCAACACGGAAUGAUUAUACGUUAGAACCUGUUGCUAGAAACAGUAUACUCCAGAAAAGUUACCAACAAGAGCAGCAUCAAAUGACAAAUAAUUGGCGUUCACCAGGAGCAAAAAGUGUUACAGAUAUUGAACCACAAUUUCGAUCGUUGACAGCAGGUGAGAUGGUUCGAUUAGAUGAUUUGACAACAGCAUCUCAAAAUAUGAAUCAAAUGAAAAAUACGAAUGUUUCGGUUGGAAAAGAACCAUCAAAGCUUACUUCAACAUCGUCAACAGUUGGUAGUUCAACAGCAGUUAGUGUCACCGCUACAUCAUCUACUUCUAUCAUCCUUCCAACUCAAUGUUAUGCUUAUACAAAUUACGUGGAUUCAUAUCGACUCAUUACAUGGGUUAGCUGUAAUUAUUCACCAAAUGAUUACAGUCUUGUAAGUGGUUGGUAUCGGUUUUCAUAUCCAGGUGGUACACAACUUGUUACCACUCCUGUUACAAGCACGUGUAUUUGUGGUGCUGUUUAUGGUGCUUGGUGGAAUGGUACUCUACCUACGACUGCUGGUGCCACGACAACUGGAAACAUUUGCAUUAGUGCUGGCAGUGGCAGUACAUGUAAUUGGGCAUAUUCACCCGUAAGUGUGACAAAUUGUAAUGGCUAUUAUGUUAACUAUUUAAUACCAUUGACAGCUUCAUGUUGCCAAUAUUAUCGAUAUUGUACAACACCUUAA